CUUCUCCAACAAGGUCAUGUGGUUAAGGAACGAUGGAAAGUCGUUAAGAAAAUUGGUGGAGGUGGGUUCGGAGAAAUAUACGAGGGUCUCGAUCUGGUAUCCAAGGAACUCGUCGCUCUCAAACUGGAGUCUGCCAAGCAGGCCAAGCAGGUGCUCAAAAUGGAGGUAGCUGUUCUCAAAAAGUUGCAAGGACGCGAACACGUGUGUCGUUUCAUAGGCUGCGGACGAAAUGAUCGUUUCAAUUAUGUCGUCAUGCAGCUACAAGGGAAGAACCUCGCCGAACUCCGGCGAUCCCAACCCAGAGGAGCUUUUAGUCUUUCGACUACACUGCGCCUCGGUCUACAGAUACUGCAGGCCAUUGAAAGCAUACACAGCGUCGGAUUCUUGCACAGAGACAUCAAGCCAUCCAAUUUCGCCAUGGGGAGAACGGCGCACAACUGUAGGAAGGUGUACAUGCUCGACUUCGGGCUCGCGCGGCAAUACAUCACUGCGUCGGGUGAGGUGCGACCACCACGAACGGCGGCGGGGUUCCGAGGAACCGUGCGAUACGCGUCCAUCAACGCACACAAAAACAAGGAAAUGGGCCGUCAUGAUGAUCUUUGGUCCCUUUUCUACAUGCUGGUCGAGUUUGUCAACGGACAGCUACCCUGGAGAAAAAUCAAAGAUAAGGAGCAGGUUGGCAUCAUGAAAGAAAAAUACGAUCAUCGGCUCCUUCUCAAACACUUGCCGUCGGAUUUCCGUCAGUUCCUUGAUCAGAUCAGCUCACUCGACUACUACGACAAACCGGAUUACUCGAGCUUGGCGACUCUCUUCGAGCAUUGUAUGAAGCGUAGAGGAGUCAAGGAAUCGGAUCCGUACGACUGGGAGAAGACGUAUGCAGACUCGAGUAACAACUCGACGUCUACCCUCGCACCGAGCAAACCAACAGAGAGCAUUCCAGCUGCAGCAGCAAUCUCGACGACCCCGCUCACAACUCAGGGCCAGACAGCUCAAACAGACAAUUUACUGGGAGCGGGUGGAGUGUCUGAAGAGAACGUCAUUGGCUCUUACGAUGAUCAGGCCAUACCGGAUAUGAGAAGAACACCAAAACUUAUUGCUCCUCAACACGCGGUUCCUCCCACGAGCAUAGACAUAACGCCGGGGGAAGCACUCCAAGCAGCUCAUCCUGGUCGUUUGUAUCCCGACAACGUUCGUCCUAUGGUCCACGAACAGAACAACAAUUUACACUUGAACGCGGGCGAAGAGACACCGACCGUCGACGAGCGGACCAAGUCGCGGCUCACCAUGGAACAGAAGACCGAACCUUCUGGUCAAGGUGGUCACCAGGUCGGAGUUGUGAUGAGCGCCAGUACUGGCCGAAUGACCCACUCGGCGCUGGGCGGAGAACGGGGUUCCAGCCCCGCAGAGCGUGAAACCCGGAUUUCCGGACACCACACCCUUCCAUCGCAUCGUCAUCCACAAAGGAGCCAAAGUACUCUCGAGGAGAGCAACAAGGUCAAAAGCCGCCAAGACCUCGAACACGCUCAGCAGAGAACUGCGGGGAGCUCGUAUCGACGUCUUCAUCAUGUCAGACGGUCUGGAACGUCGGGACGGGACACGUCCUACACCCAAUUCGCCGUGGCAGACGACAUUUCGGCUAUGCAAAACGUAACGCGGGGCGGAAUCGCCGCCAUGACCCUCGCGUCACGGUGGCAGGGUUCAUUCGAUGACUCCGAGGAAACCGAUCACGAGAUGGACGAGAAUAACGCAAUUUCGCCCGAGCAGGCUGCAAAAUCAGAACAACGAAACAAACAGAUCAGUGAGAGGCUAGAAGAAGGCCGCAUGGUUAUUGGCGAUGAAGCGGAGGUCCCGGUUCAAGCUAAACUACAGGCGCACAUGCAGCGCACGAUGAGUCAGCCCGCAUGCAGUCGGUCAGGGAGCGAACGUGCUCUGGCACGAGUUUGGAGCUGUCCUUCGAUAUCGUUGAGAAGCUGUCGCGAAGAGGACCCGGCUGCUGCAGGACAUCCUGUUAAACAGCAGUCCCUAGAUUCCGCGCUCAAAGACGAACAGGAACAGCAGAAACAAAUUUUCGAUACUCAGGAGCCCGAAAGAAGGUCUUCGUUACCUUCAAUACAUCUUCGGGCGACACCCCCUGGUCACGACGAGCGGGAAGAAGGCGAACAGCAGAGCUCGAAUUCCGCAUCGAACGAUAAGAGUGCCUCGAAGCAGCCAAAGGGUAUCUUGAAAAACAAGCCCGUCAUCCAGGUAUUGGAACGCGCCAAAGAGCCGGAAGGCUCAAUAUAUUUUGACGCACUCUCACAUCUUCGCGGCGAGAGCUCUAGCCCAACGGCCGGUCGGUCCGAAGAGCACAGUGGUCACAAUCUUCUCUCCACGACAAGAGCUCCGAAGGCCACUCAAGCUGCAGCACAAAUUAUUAGGGUCUCGGAUCUCGCAGGUGUUUUGCGUCGCAACUGUGAAAGCAGCGGCCUACAAGUAAGUCCACCUCUCGCGGCGAAACCAUCACGCAUCCCGGUUAAAUUAGACUCACCCGUUCAGAUUAGACAUAGACAACAGAUUGUCUCUACAAACCAGAUGGUAACCACUCCUAACCAUCAUCGGAGGAGGCCGCAAUCCAUGGUCGAGAGGGACUGUAUCUUCCAGGACGAGGGACGGGGGACGAGAAGCGGCUCUGUCGGCCGCUUACCGAACUGUCAAGACAACAGAACGUGGUCAGGAGGGAUUCUCCAAGUGCCUGUGUGUGUUGCCGUAUUCCCAAGUGUUGGCGGUGUUCCAGAAGACCCAGGUCAAGCACCGGCUCCUCUGCCCACAAGCGGCGGCGUUACCGUCCCUUGUCGCCCAGUGACCUUGACAAAUGACCUUGGCUCUGAUGGUCCCGGUUCUAAUGAUGAAGCAGAGGAAGAAGACGCAUCGGCUGAAAUUAGCUUCACUAGCAAGAAGAUCAAGGUCGUGGACGCUAAUGCCAUGUUGCCAAGGUUGAACCAGCUCGAACGAGUUGUGAGCCAUAGCAACAUAAAAGAAGUCAAGCUCAAUGGAUACAUCGUCGAAGGUGGCAGUGAAGGUGACGAGGAAUCUGAGGAGACCGAUGACGACGAUGACGACGACGACGACGUCAACGUCAACUAUGAAGAAGCUCCGGGCAUCGAGCACGACGUCGGAGACAGAGCCGGGAGCUACAACGAUGGUCCAUUGGGGGAGACGAUCUCUCGGAUGGGCUCGUUGUCAGCUCCGGCACGGCAGGUGUCUUUCGAUGUGUCGACCGUUCGCGUGAGCGACGCGAACCCUGGGGCUCACUUCGGAGUUUACUCGUUCACUUUCAUCGCGAAAAAGCAAGACGACCUGGAGCCAAUUAUUGACGAUGAUGAACACGGAGCCGAAGACGACGAGGAUGACAGCGGAGAUGAACCAGAGGAUCCGAGACCCUUCGUCUCUCCCACCAUGCGACGGAAAACUCACGCACCCUUUGCCGACCCUGUCACCGAUAAAUGCGAAGAAGGUGAAGAUCUCAAAGAGCCUCGUGCCAUCUCUUCGUCCAUUUCACCGCAGCCCUCGAAAGACUCUGCCGUCGUUCUCGAUCCCGGUCACUCAUCUGCCGUAGCGUCGUCAUCAUCGGUUGCGAACUCGCUGAAAGCCCCGUCUCUUUUACAUGUGAGCAAAUUGGAAGAGGAGCGCAUACGUCAGUCACUCGAAAAGAAACGCAAGACAUCUACUACUUCCACUGAAAAAACAGCACAAGAAACUAAUUCCAAUGUCGUCAUCCGAUAUGUCGUAGUCAAGUGUGACGAUGACGAUGAUGACGACGAUGAUGAUGGCGAAUACACCUACGAAGAAGUGGACGAUGACGAGGUCGAUGAGGUCGCUGCGCCGCCUAAACCGCGGACGUCGAACGGUUGCGGCAGCUUCGAUGAGCUCCGGAUGAACCAAAUGAACUCAAUCAGAAGCCGGAACGAUUGA